AUGCCUGAGAUCCAGAGUUGUUCCUCACUGUCAGAAUCAUCAAAUGUAAGACCCAACAUUAGGUCUAAUUUCGAUGCUUCCGAUACGACGUCGUGUAGUUCUUCACAAUUUCAAAAACCUAAACCUAAAACUAAGGGAAUACUCUGCAAACGACGGAACCCUAGAGUCACUCUUCGCCGCACAAGGGUUAAUAAUCUUGCCGCCAUUGGUUUUCCUCUCGGAAUGUCGUUCGCCGCUGUUAUGGCUCAGGUGUUGUAUAGAAGAGAUGCUGCAGCUGAUAGUAUGUCUCCCAGUCAUCUUUCGUCGAUGUGCACCUCUGCGAUCAAUGAAUCUUUAUCCAGUGUAUUUGGAGACAAGCUAGAUGGUUUGACAAAGAACUUUGAACAAUCUUUUGAUAGCACUUUGAGUACUCUUCGAUUAAUUUAUGAAUCAACGGCUAGCAACGAAGGGAAUAAAUUGAAUAACAUGAGGCUGGAAAAUCCUAAUUCUAAAUUGAAUAGAGAAGAUUGCUCACGUGAUAUUGUUAUAGAGGAUUGUCAAGCAGGACCACAGUCACACACACAUGCUGAAAUCAUAAAUCAAUCAAUUAGUAAUGAAGAGGUCAGGGAUAAUUUUCACAUGGAGUCAGUUACUCGUGAUCUUGCUUUGCAUGGGCAAUCAAACCAAAUGGUUUGUUAUUCUCCAACCUUUUCUGGAGCUGUAGUUAAUAAUUCAGUGAUUAGUACAUUUGAGAAGUCUGUUGUAGAGCAAUGCCGUUCUAAUGACCUCAAGACUGUUGAAAUUGGUCUUACAAGGCAAAAUUUGAAACUCCAAGAGAUAGAUUUGGCUCUCCGCUACGAUUUAAAUGAUCUGGAGCGAUCCAAGUUAGCUAUGGAAGUGUCGAAGUCAUCUUUCGAAACUGAAAAGUUUAAGAAUCAGUUAGAAGAUUCCAGAUAUGGUGAACUGAAUAAGAAGUGCAUAGACUGUCUUAUUGCUGGUCUAUUCAUUAUGUCAGCCUCACUUUUUUAUGGUGCUUAUGUUUAUAACUAUGAACGGUUUAUUGAGGCUGCUGAAUUGUGUGCUCCAGAAGAGGAAUCUUACUCCUGGUUUACUCCAAAGUCAGUAGCCUGGUUCAAUUCAAGUGUGCAUGUUUUUAUUUGUCGAGUUGGAGUUGUAAGCCGAAUGGUGUUUGGUUUCCUAAUGAUUAUUGUAGUUGCAUAUUUGCUCUUCCAGCGGGCAUCAACAUUGUCAUCACAAACUAUGCCAGUUACUUUCAUCCUUUUGAUGCUAUGUAUUGGCUGCGGUUACUGUGGAAAACUGUGUAUAGACACAUUGGGAGGGAGUGGUAAUGUUUGGCUCUUAUAUUGGGAGAUUCUUUGUUUGCUGCAUUUCGUAUCUAUAUGCUGGACAUCUGCUUUGUAUCGAAUCCUUCAUGGACCAAUAGAAGUAACGCAAACAAAGAAAGGUAAUACAAUAUUUCGGUAUUGGAUUCGUCGGUUGCUGUUCUAUGUUAUUAUGCUUGUUGUUCUGCCCUUGUGCUGUGGUCUCAUGCCUUUUGCUAGCUUAGAUCAAUGGACAGACCAUUUUAUGUCGAAGGUGGUUGAUCACCGCUGA